AUGCUUACGAUGAAUAAUCCAGGCGCAACACCAAACACCCUCGGUGGACUUACGUUCUCGGAUCUUACGGGCGGUGCCGGAACCAGCGGCCUGCAGCUAGUACAGCUGAGUCAGGUGAUGCCGGAUCCGAACUCCCAGCAGAUGUUCAUGCAAAGCCUGCAACAGCAGCUGACCGGCGGUCCACCAGCAAUACAGGUCAUUCCUAUCGGGGCGCUACCUCAGCAAACGAUGACCAUGGCUCAAGGACCGCCACCGGGUGCCACUCUACAGGCAGCUCCACAGCAGCAACAGUUUGUGCAGUACACACUGGACGGGCAAACAUUGCUAUAUCAAGCACUUCCAACACCGGAAACUGCGUACCAGAGUGUGAAUCUGCCCAUCGUUCAGUUACCGCCCCAAGCACUGGGAGCCCCGACCACCAUACCCACGUAUGGGAACCUUUCGAAUCUUCAAGGAGCACCGGUCACGUUCACGCACCUACCGACGGCCACCAUGGCGCAGACCAUUCCGCAACAUCAUCCCCAGCAGCAGCUGCAACCCCAUCAGCAACUCGCGACGACGAUCGAUGCAAGCACGUUUCAAAACAUCGUCAACGCGCCCGUCACCAUCACGCCGACUGGCACCGUUGUUCCGGUUUCACAGCCUACGAUGCAGAUUCCGGUGUCGCAGCCGACGAUGACGCCCAUGUCUACGGUUUCGAUCAGCUCUCCUCCAGACACUAACAUCGGAACUGGCGAUAGUGCUGUUGCUUGCAACAACACCGUCACCGUUGAGGAAAUCGCCUGCACCAGUGUCACGGAAAGUGGAACACACGGAACGGAAACAACGGAGAGCGGUUCCGGUGUGGAUAUGGAUCAGGAACCCUUGUACGUCAAUGCCAAGCAGUACAAGCGCAUCCUAAAGCGGCGUCAAGCGCGUGCCAAGCUUGAGGCAAUGGGCAAGAUACCACAGCAACGUCCCAAAUAUCUGCACGAAUCGCGCCACCGGCACGCGAUGAAUCGGGUGCGUGGAGAAGGUGGCCGCUUCCAUUCUCUAGGAAACUAGGCCGCUGUGAAGCGAGAUCGAAGACGGUGAAAAUGACAAUACCAAUACGCGUAGCCAAGGACCAAUUGGGCGCCUUCUGCCUAUACAUCGUUAAUGCGGCACGACACGGCCAUAAAAAAGAUUUCAAUAAAUCUUGUGUACAUAUUUCAUGCAUGCUAUUCCCCUUGUGGUUGGGCAGAAAACGUGGAAUUCAAAUGUUUAGGAGUAUGGCCAAAGUAUGUAAAGAACAAUAAAAGAGACGAAUAAACGUAAAAGGUCAGAUCGAUGUUGUUAAAUGGGGUUGAUGCUGUUUUCGGAACUCUCCAGUCGCAGAUGAUCUGCUUGCUUAACUAUCCUCGCGGUAAUAUAAGACUCUCUGGCAUAAACUUUCUCUGUCCGUGUUCCAGAACUCGGAGCUCUUAACACUUACCUACGGCGCGCUGGUGUCGCAGAUGUUGCGUGACUUCGAAAAU